CAGAGGCAGAGCGGCCACCGGUGGACUACUAAGACCCGCCACCGGCGCCUCUGCUCGGCUUCCACGAGCUUCGCCGAUGGUCCUUCUACCGGGCCUCGCCUACUGCACCGUAAGCAUAUCAAUCCUGCGGUCUCGUUCGGGCUGCUGCUGGGGCGGAAGAUCUCGCUGCUGCGCGCGGUGCUUGACAUGGUGUUGCAGUGCAUGGGAGCUAUCUGCGGCGUCGGAAUCGUCAAGGGGAUCAUGAAUCACCCCUACAACUCCCUCGGCGGCAGAGCCAACCAAGUGGCCGCAGGUUGCUCCCAGGGCACCGCUCUCGGUGCCGAGAUCAUCGGCACCUUCGUGCUCGUUUACACUGUCUUCUCGGCCACCGACCCCAAGCGCAUGUCAUGGUUGCUCCCACGUCCCGGUCAUGGCGCCACUGCCGAUCGGGCUCACGGUGUUCACCGGCCACCUGGGGACGAUUCCGAUCACGGGGACGGGGAUCAACCCGGCGAGGAGUCUCGGAGCGGCGGUACUGUACGACCAGCGCACGGCAUGGCGUGAUCACGUGAAUUGUCCGCAGAACUCGUAGGCCGCACUUGGUUUGCUUUUAGGAUUAGCACUCAGCUUGUUCAUGUGAUUGGAGUUGCGGUGGUCCAAUGGAUCUUCUGGGUGGGCCCGUUCGCCGGAGCGCUGGCCGCGGCAGUGAAGGCUUCGAGCUCCUUCAGGAGCAGCAAUGGCAAGUGAGUUCAGCUUCUGUCAGUUCAGUAGCCAUGGCCAAUGUGACGGCGUUUCCCACGCAGUCCCAAAACCAGUGAGCAAAAGAAGGAUAAAUGUAAUCGACUUCUUUUGGCAUGCACGGCAA